GAUCAGCCGAGCCAUUCGUUGGGGAUUACUCUUGCAGACGACGACCACCCUCAAGGGAGCUCUCCACCUUCCGUCUGCCCAAACGGGGGCUGCGCCAUGCUCCUUCAAUUUGCGGCCAUUAUAUUUUCACUCCUCCUCGUCUACCUGUCCAUUCUUGCCGCCGACGAUGUCGAUGCUCAUGACCAAUCCCCAACGCUGGUUGCUUCUCGCAACCCGUUCAGGGAAAAUGCCCCUCCGGCCAACAUGGCCAAGUUGCUCAUGAUGCGCCAAAAGAUCCAAACUACGAAUCGUCGACGGCGUAGUCCGUCUAAUUCGCGUCCUCCACUUCGUCCUCUCAACCAGAACUUACCCCGGAAGCCUUCGCCGUGGACCCGUAUAAGCAAGGCGUUUCGCAACAAACAGUACUACUAA